AGGCUCUGGUACGGGAAGCAAAGGCCCUAGUAAACACUGGUCACGUGACUCCAAAAAUAUUGGACAUUUCGUAAUAAUUUAGUUUUCAAUCCGGGGGGGGGGGGCGGAGCCGACUGAUUUUAUCAAACAUGGCAGCGCGAAGUCGCGACGUUUUCGAGUUUUAUUAUUAGAGACCUUACGAUUUUAGGACGGCAACGCGACGGCAACGGCUACCAAUACAAUAGAUCAUUGAAAAGAAUUGAUAAAUUACAAUAUAUGAAUAAUUUAGACAUUGUCCUCGCUCUGUUUACAACGCCAAAUCACAGAUUUCCACGUGUUGAUACAACGGCUGUAUUCCAAGUCGCAACAAGUGCAACUUCAAACUGGGUUUAGCAGAACUCUUCCCAACCAUAAAACCCAUGUCUUCAACUUCUAAAACUGUAUUAAAUUCAUACGAUUGAUAAUAUACCACGAACUAUCUUUACUACCAUUUAUUUGAAGGAGUUUGUUUUGGCCGUCGCCGUCUCGUUGCCGUCCUAAAAUCGUAAGGUCUCUAUUAUGAUAAAUAAAACUUUCCUAGUGAGAUUUGAGAGUGGGUAUAUAUUAAAAUUAUGCAUUCUACGAGCUUUCUUUCAACAAAUUGUGGAAUAACGAACGGUAAUACUUAAUUGUCAAAGAUCGAGGAUCAAACUGAGAGAAAACUAGUCAAGUGAUCUGUCUUUAGAGGCCUUUAAACUGUCUAUUUUGUAUAAACUGUCUAUUUUGUAUUCAUGCAGCUGCUUGUGUGCGACUUUUUAUAAAUAAUUAAAUAAACAUUGUUGAUUAUAAGUAUUUUUUACGUGUUGACCAAAGAAUAUCACUUGGGAUUUUAUUGUUCUUUUAUGGAAGGAUAAAUACUCAGUAAUGUGCCUGUAUAGUGAAAAGGACAUCUAUGGAAACGAAAUUCUUCAUGUGUAAACACGUAGUUAUCAAAGCAGAAUAUUUUGAAACAAUUAAUUGGUCGAGGGACAGGUUGGUUUCCUUAUGUAUGUAGUUUAAAUAGAAUUGUGAAUGAAAUUAUACACAGUAUCUUAUCUUGAAACCUUUGUGUGUAAGUUAAUUACUUAAUUUCAUAUUUAUUUUUUGGGAUGUUUAUUUCUCAUUGUCUGGAAGAGAGGAGAGGGGGCGGGGUUACUAAUCCUGAAUCAUGAGAAAUAAUAUCCAGUAAUCUUGAAACAUGAAAAAUAAUAGAAGGAAGUCCUGAAGCACAAGUAUAGAGUAAAACAUUUAUUAGGAAUCUGAUAUGUCAAUGGACAUGAAAUGUAAGUGUAAUAUCCAAGUUUUAUUAACUAUAAGUUGUUCUUCAAAUACAACAAUAUCAAGCUCGCCAUGCUCUGCUCGCAAUGCGGUCCAGCUUAUGUCCUCCCAAAGCAUUGUUGUCUAUAUACAGUACGUGACGUUCACGUCAUCAUCACACUCCUCCCUACCUUCGCAUUUAAUACUUUCUAGCUUCAGAACAUGCAAAACUAUAACUCAAAAUUUUUUAAUAGUACCCUGGACCCUAUUUACUAGUUCAUAAGUUAAUGACCGAGAAUUGCCGAGUCCGGAUCAUGAUAAAAGUUUGUUCGUUGUCUAUCCCUUGCAGGGUACCUUCUUGCAUCCUCUUUGUUUUCUUGAUCCUGUUCGUUUCUUACUAUCUCAUCCUCUUCUUCGUCUGACGGUUGAUCAUCAAGAUGGUAUUGUCGCUCUUUUUCACCAAGGUUAAGACGUUUGAAAUAGGAUAUGUUUCUGGUAAUUUGAUGAGAGUGUCCUUGGGCUGUAAUCGUGGCACCGUGGACUUUGAUCACUUUGUAGGGGGCUGGAUUGAAUUUUGUUGAAAACUUUUUCUUCUUUUGUUGUUUAUAUAUAACCAAAUCACCAACGUUAAUCAGAGUCUUCUUUGUGUGCCUCGCCUGAUCAGUAUACCUCUUCAUUUGACUUUUGGAUUUGUGAUCAUUCUCUUUUGCCAUGAUAUGCUUGUCGAUUGGUUUUGAUGAAGUGUAUUGUUGUGGUAACUUGGUGCGAAUUGUUCUGUUAAACAGGAGUUCGGCUGGGGCAACUUUUGUGGUGCUGUGGGCAGUCGCUCAAUAGUUCAGGAGGAAGGUGAAUAGUUCUUUUUUCCAAUUUCGGCCCUCUGUUCCAGCUGUUAGAAUGGACUUAAGCAAUGGUUUCAUGAAUGACUCCGCUUCUGAGUUGCCCUGUGGCCAUAAAGGGGUGACGGUUACAAACUCAAUGCCAUGGAUCUCCAUGUAUCGCCUGAUUUCCUGUCCGUUGAAUGGAGGCCCAUUGUCAGAUACAACUUUGUAUGGAAUUCCAUGCAAUAUUCUGUCCAGCUUCGGGAUAAGUGCGGCUGCUGAUGUUGAAUGUACAAUUUCGACUUCCGGGUACCGGGAAUAUGCAUCAGUUGCAACAAGUAUCAGCUCUCCGGUCGGAAGUGGACCUAGAAAAUCUAUGUGCAAUGUAUGCCAUGGUGUUGGUCGCAUCUUUGACAUUUUGAGUGGUACUGGAGGGUGGGCUGGAGUGGUGGUCUGGCAGGGGAUGCAGGCAUCGAUGAUCUUUUUCACCAUCGAAUCAAUUGAUGGGAACCAUAUUUUCUCUCGAAUCAACUGUUUAGUUUUGGUUAAGCCUUGAUGACCUUCAUGGGCCAAAUCGAUGGCUUGUCUUCUCAGGGAUGUUGGUAUAACUAUUCGGGUGGAUUUCAGAAGCAGGUCAUUAUCUUUACUAGCAGUCAACUCGGUUCGGAUGCUAUACAAAAUACUAAGUUCCUGGUUGUUUAUGUUUGGAUCUGUCAAGUUGCGUGCCUCAUGCCAAUUUCCAUUCUGAAUAAUUUCAUAGCAAUCUGCAGGGUUGCAUCUUCUUUCGUUUGCUGUUUAAUUUCUUCCAGGCUGAUGGACUUUGGAGUAGUGUGCUGUGCAAUGAAGGUGAUUUACUCUUCUGCUAACUCGCCUUGACGAUGUGUUGCACUUGUGUUCAGGGGGUGUCGAGGCAUAUAAUCAGAGGGAUUGUCCUUCCUGGGGCUAUAUUGGACUCGAACACGGUAUUUGUGAAGACGUAGGAACCAUCGCUCGAUCCGUGCAGGAGGUUUGGACUUAGGGUUAUUGCAGAUCAACUCUAAUGGUUUGUGAUCUGUAUACAGGGCAAAUUCUGUUCCAUAUACAUAUAUAAAUGUGAAAUCUUUCCAUUGCCCAAACAAUGGCGAGGGCUUCGCGUUCGGUUUGACUGUAUCUUUGUUCAACGGGACUGAGUGCUCGACUUGCAUAGGCAAUCACUUUGUGGUCUUCGUUUCCUGAGGUAUGCUGCUGUAAUAUAGCACCCAAACCAGUUGGACUGGCAUCGACUAUGAGUUCUGUGCAUUUGGUAGUAUCAAAGUAUGCCAUAACUGGAGCUGAAGUCAGAGCUUUUGUUAGUGUGUUCCAGGCAUUUUCAUGGACUGGUAGCAACUGGAACUUCGCAUUUUUCUUUGUGAGUUGUCGAAGGGGCGUUGUAAUGCUUGCAUAGUUUGCGAUAAACUUUGAACAAUAAUUUGUCAUACCCAGCAGGCUGCGGACUCCACUCACAUUGGUUGGACGGGGAGCAUUGGCGAUGGCUUCUAUUUUCUUUGGGUCCGGGCUGACUCCAUCUGCAGAGAAAAUCAUACCAAAGAACUCCAAUGUACCCUUGUUAUAAGCACAUUUCGAUUUGUUGAGGGUGAGGCCGACUUGUCGCAAUCGUUCAAAUACAGUUUUAAGGGCUGUGUCAUGAUCAAUCUGUGUUUUACCAAAUAUGAGUAUAUCGUCACUGAUGUUGACAACUCCGUCAAUGCCCGCAAUGGCUUGGCUGAUAGCAUACUGGAAAACUUCUGAGGCUGCUGAUGUGCCAUAGUUAAGUCGUACAUUGCGGUGUAGUCGUUUAUGGGUACGAAGAGUCGUAAUGUAACGAGACUCAGGAGCUAAGAGAAUUUGGUGGUAUCCGUGGCGAAGAUAAAGUUUUGUGAAGACUUUUGCGCCAUUUAGCUUGUGGAUAAGUUCGUCAGCAGUAGGCAUGGGAUGGCGCUCACGGAUUAUCGCUGUAUUGGGCAUACGCAUGUCAACACAUAUUCUUGUUUCUUCUGGGUUCUUCGGUUUUGGUACUACAACUAGAGGCGAAACCCAAGGAGUUGGGCCAGAACAGGGCUCGAUGAUACCUUGUUUUGUUAAGUUAUCCAGUUCGUGAGUUACUUUCUCCCGGAUGUGAAAUGGUAUACGCCUUUCUGGUUGCGCAACCGGCUUGACGUGUCGUUAGGGUCUAUGUGUAGCUUAAGUUCGAAGUUUUUCAGGCACCCGAUUCCUCUGCAUAAGUCCCUGUACUCGUUUGUCAGACUUUGAAUGAAUUCAGUGGCUUCUGCCUCAGGUGUGAAUUCGUUUGGCACUUUCACAGUUGUGUUUAUUUUUGGAGUUGUGUUUACUUCCGGUUUGUCUUUGUUUACACUGUGUAUGUUCAAUGUUAUUAAUCCGAGUUCUGCUGCAGUUUCUGAGCAAAGUAAGUUGCCAUUGUCCCCUUUUGCGACAUAAAAUUUGGCGGUUGUCAUCUUUGUCUUCGACUCGACGAUUUCUUCGAAUACUCCCAGCAUAGGAAGCGGCGAUUGUGCAGCAUACGCAUAUACUCGUGCUUUUGAACUAUGUAUUUUAAUAGUUUUUUGUUUACAUAAGUGUCGAAAUGUGGUCUCGUCUAUAAUGUUGAUAGACGCCCCGGUGUCGAUGAGUGCUCGAAAAUUCGUCAGAUUGAUCUUUAAUUUGGCAGUCAAACUGUCCUUGGACGUAACUGCUGAGCUUGUGUUCACCGUGUAGAUGUAUUCAUCUUCCGAGGAUGAGUUGCUUUCAUCGUCAGUAUGCUGGCUAUUAACAGUGUUAAUUGAUCAGUUGUUGAAUUGGCGUGAUGAGCGAGGCUGUCGAGGAAAUUUAUUUUGAUCUCGAUUUUGACUACUUUCGCAAAAUGAUUCAUCUUAUGACAAAACGAGCAUUCUUUGCCAUAAGCUGGGCAGCUAUUGUUCUUGUGGGGAUAAUCUAACCCGCAAUAAUAACACUUGCGUUUCACUGCUUCCCGACGAGCGUACGGCGGUUGUUGGCGUUGUUGAUGUUGAAUGACAUUCACACUAUCGUCGAUUUUAGUAGGGAGUUUUUCGUCGAUCUUGAUGGCUGCGAGGGAUUUCCCGAUGCCUUUAGCUUGUUUUUCACUUACUUCGAAGGAACGACCUUCAGCGAGUAAAACACUCAGAGUAAGCGUUGAAUCACGAAGCGCUUUUCUCCGAAGACGCGUAGAAACGCAGCUUUGUAUUAUUUGCGUUUUAAUUUCUCGAUCAGCAUCGGUAAACUCACAUGUUGUAGCAAGCUUUCGAAGGCGCGUGUGGUACCGAUCCAAUGUUUCGUCAGUCGUUUGUUGGGCUUGGCGAAAUAUAUAAAUCUCAUCCUCGAGGUUUUUCUUUGGCAUGAAAUAUUCUGUCAGUUUUUCAACCGCUGUUUUGAAGUCAUCGUCACCUCCAGUAUCAGCUCGCGUUUCAAAUAUUGUUUGUACUUGGGGCCCAGCCAUGUAGAGAAGAGCUCGUUGUUGUGUUUUAUCGGUGAUUUUUCCCGCUCGAAGAUAAAGGUGAAAUCGUUUAAGUCACUGUUCCCACCGUGUCGCUAAACUGCUGUAAUCUACAUGAGGAUCAAACUGUGGCAUCGAUGGAAGGUCUACUCUUGCAGCCAUAGUAAACAAUAUUUAAAAUCCUCGUCGCCAAAUGUAAUAUCGAAGUUUUAUUAACUAUAAGUUGUUUUUCAAAUACAAUAAUAUCAAGCUCGCCAUGCUCUGCUCGCCAUGCGGUCCAGCUUAUGUCCUCCCAAGCAUUGUUGUUUAUAUACAGUAUGUGACGUUGACGUCAUCAUCACAGUAAGCAACAACCAGACUUAGGAGUCUUAAAGGCAAAUAACAGUCUGUACUGGGUGUGCGUUCACCUAUUUGUUUACAUUUGCAGUUAUACAUCUGUUCAUGUUUUAUGAAAUUUGAACCAAGGCUGUAACAAUUUUAGACACGGCACAAGUCACUAAUAACUUUAGGGUAAAUAUUUUUCUGAAAUACUUCAUUUGUCAGUUGCGUCUUGUAGUAUAUAAUAUCUUGAAAAAAAGCUGUAAUUGUACCCUGUCUAAUAGCUUUGGUUCAAUACAUUGGCAACAUCAGCAAUUGGGCUGUCUUAGAAUUCAUGAAAGACCUUUGCUACGUACAACCCCAAGAAAACAUGCCUUGUAUCAGGAGAUCAAAUUCUCUGCUUCAACCAGAUUAACCACACAAAUGUCAUUGUUACCAUUGUGACUAUAGUGUUUAGAGAUAAUGUAUAGUUAAUAUAUGCAUAAUAGAUUAGUAUGGAUAGAAAUAUGGAUCGUAGAAGUCGGCCAUAUUGAUUAUUGUACUUCAGUAAUAACAUGUACGAGUUUGUAUGUUUUCUGGUUGAAAUAUAAAUCUCUUAUAAUAAAGACACACUAAAUUGGCGACGAGGAUGGUCAAGGAACAAUAUUUUGUUAUAAAAUAAUGCCAUAAAGUUGAAAGAGUUAGUGGAUGGAUAAGGAUUAAAUUCGAGAAAAAAAAUUCAUCCACAUCGACUUUGUUAAAUAUGGCGGUUUUCAAAGCCUUUCAUGGCGGAAUACCAACGUUUGACCCAAAAGGUGAGCCCACCAGUAUAGCUCCGAGGUGGAGAAGGUGGAAAAGAGCAUUCGAACUCUUUGUUGUCGGAAAAGGAAUUACCGACAAGACACAAAAACGAGCUUUGAUGUUACAUUGUGCUGGUAUGGAUGUACAGGAUAUUUUUGAUACUUUACCAGAUAAUGGCAAUGCUAAUGAUUAUGAUAAGGCGAUCGAAGCGCUGGAUACAUAUUUCAACCCUGCUGUUAAUGUACCGUAUGAAAGACAUAUGUUUCGUCGAAUGAGUCAAGAAGAAAGUGAGACAAUUGACCAAUUUGUAACAAGGCUGAAACAGAAAGCGUUGAGUUGUGAUUAUGGGGAUUCUAGUGAUGAAUUCAUCCGAGAUCAAGUCAUCGACAAAUGUCGUUCAGUGGCACUACGAAGAAAAUUGCUUGAAAGAGGACAAACUUUAACACUUAAGCAGCUUCAAGAAAUCUCACGAGCACAUGAAGCUUCAUAUUUUCAAGCUAAUAAAAUUAAUGAUGACGCAGGACAUGAAGUCAAGAAAAAAAAUAUCAAUCGAAUCAAAGGGAAGUUUCAAAGUAAAUUUAAAUCACCUGACAAGAAAUGUUUCAGAUGUGGCAAAACAGACCACUUUGCCAAGUCACCAAAGUGUCCAGCAAAAUCUGCUGAAUGUCAUAAGUGUCAUAAGGAGGGACAUUUUGCAAGUGUGUGUAGAACUAAAGUCAGUAAUGAUUAAAAAGAAAAUAAACUAUACAAGAGAAGAUCAGGAAUCCAAAGAGGGUGACAAUGAAUACGCUUUUGUUAUUAAUCAUCAAUCGGAUGAAAACAGUGGUUUAGUUGAUAUCAAAGUUGGAGGAGUAUUGUGCAAUUUUCUUAUUGACUCGGGUUCAACGUGUAAUGUAAUCGAUAAAUCCUGUUGGGAGAAACUUAAAGCCAAGCAAAUAAAAUGUAAGUCGUAGAAAACAGCAACACAGAUUUAUUCAUAUGGAUCAAGCAAGCCACUUAUUGUUGCUGGGAAAUUUACAGCUGAUGUUGUAUGUCAAGGCAAAGAAGUAAAAGAAGCAGAGUUCAUAGUGAUUGAAGGUACCGGUAAGCCAUUACUGGGAAAGAAAACUGCUAUGCAAUUGAAUGUCUUGAAGAUUGGUCCACAACCUGUGAUAUCGGAAGGUGUCAACUCAGUCGAGGAUGACAAUACAUUCAGAGAUAGAAUGAUGAAAACAUAUUGGGGUGUUUUAAAGGUAUUGGAAAGUUGAAAGACAGACAGCUGGAAGUUAACUUAGACCCAAAUGUGAAACCUGUGGCACAGAGAGCUCGUAACAUUCCAUAUGGAUUACAGUCUAAAGUUGAAAAGAAAUUAGAUGAAUUGGAAAGGCAAGGUAGCAAAUGCUGAGUAACUUGCAUAUUACGACAAAGAUGCCAAAACGAAGAUUAUCGCAGAUGCAAGCCCGGUAGGUCUCGGUGCUGUUUUAAUUCAAGAGCAAGAUGGCGAAGAAAGAAUCGUAAGUUAUGCUAGUCGAUCUUUAACAAGUGUGGAGAGACAAUAUAGCCAGACUGAGAAAGAGGCUCUCGGUUUAGUUUGGGCAUGCGAAAGAUUUCAUGUUUAUCUCUAUGGGAGUAAGUUUGAAUUGGUCACUGAUCAUAAGCCUUUGGAAGUCAUUUAUUCAAAGAAUUCAACACCACCAGCCAGGGUACAAAGAUGGGUACUACGUUUACAGUCGUAUGAUUUUACAGUCACGUAGAACUGGAGCGCAGAACAUUGCUGACGCACUGUCCAGAUUGACCAUGAACACAAGCCCGAGUACCGAUGAUGCAGAAGAUUAUAUACGUUUUGUAGCAAAGAAUGCACAAUUCAAGAAGUGGAGAAAGAGUCAGACAAGGAUCCAGAACUUUCCAAGGUUAGAUCUUGUAUAUUGACUGAUGAUCAAUGGGAAUCAGUAGAUGUAGCAUAUAGAUCUGUCAGACAAGAACUCAGUGUUUUGGGAAAGUUAGUAAUUCGUGGUACGCGCCUAGUGAUUCCGAAGAUAUUACAGAAGAAGGUCCUGAAUUUGGCAUAUGAGGGACAUCAAGGAAUCGUUAAGACCAAACAGCGUUUACGAAGUAAAGUUUGGUGGCCAAAUAUUGAUAAGGAGGCAGAAAAAGAAUGUCGUACAUGUCAUGGAUGUCAGGUGGUGCAAUUACCUUCUCGUCCAGAACCAAUGGUAAGAACACGUGUUUACCAGAAUCCCAUAGGAAAAAAUUGCGUGUGAUUUACUUGGUCCAAUAGACAAUAAUAUUUACAUUCUAGCAGUAAUCGAUUAUUAUAGUAGAUGGAUUGAAAUAGAUAUUCUGAAAUCUACUACAUCGUCAAAGAUUGUUCAGUCUUUAGAUCGAAUGUUUCUUACUCAU